UUACCGGUUUAUAAAUACCAUGCAUAGCACAGCGUUAUUGAUAACCUUGAGCUAGCCUUUGUUUUUUCUCUAUAAACGAAAUGAAAACACAAGUUGAAGAAAGGUUCUCUGAGUUCUAUGAGAAGUGGAUAUACCAACUUGAGGAACAUGUCCAACAACUCAUAAGGGUGCCUAAAGCGAAGCUCAGUGAACCAGAUGAUUCAGAGCUACAAGCUUUGGUGUCAAGGGUUACAAGCCAUUAUAAGGAGUACUAUACUGUGAAAUGGGCUGGUGCUCAUGAAGAUGUGCUUGCUUUCUUCUGUCCAGUAUGGUUGAGUCCUUUAGAGAACGCUUAUUUAUGGGUGACGGGUUGGAAGCCAUCUAUGGCUUUUCAAGUCAUUGACUCAUUGAAAAAGUCUGUGGUGCCUUGUGCUAGUAUGGUGGACAUGUCUGAGACACAGGUGAAGAAGAUUGAGGAGCUGAGGUUGAAAAUAAGGUUGGAGGAAGUGAAAGUGGAGAGGGAAAUGGAGAGGUUGCAGGUGGCUAUGGCGGACCGGAAAAUGGUCGAGUUGGCCCGGCUGGCGAGCCGGGUCGAGAACGGUGAUGUGGUGGGUCAGGUGGAUGGGUUGGUGGAGGUGGCAUUGAAGGGAUUACUGGGUGGAUUGGAGAAGGUGAUGAAAGCUGCAGAUUGUGUGAGGCUGAAGACUUUGAAGGGUGUGUUGGAAGUGCUGAGGCCAUUGCAGUGUGUGGACUUCUUGGCUGCAAUUUGUAUGCUUCAGAUUCGGCGCAGGCAAUGGGGGAAGAUAAGAGAUAGCCAGAAAGAGAAUACAAGUGCUGAGAUCGUCUAAAGUUCUUAGUAACAAACUCAGAAUGGAUGAAUAUAUCUCUUAAGAGUUUUUAAGGUAAUUGCACUAUAAAAUUUUUAAAAUCAUAUCCCUUUAAUUUAAAAUAGAUGAAUUAGAUUUUAUCACAUCAUCAAUAUUUAGAACAAUAUAAAAAAAAAAACCCGAAAACAAUAUAAAUUAUUACUAUU